AUGAAGCACAUUCUAGCCCCCGUUGCCCUGCUCGCUGCCCGCGCAACAAUCCCAGCCACCGAUCCUGGCGAUGAUGCCAAGGGUUGCGCCUCAGGUCUCUACAUCAUCAGUGUCCGUGGUACUGGUGAGGAGCAAGGUAUUGGUGUUGCCGGCACCUUGCUUGGCAAAAAGGUUGCCGAGCAGGUCAAGGGCAGCAAGAUAGUCGGCCUCCAAUACCCAGCGACUCUCGCAAGUCCGCCAUACCCUUCCUCCGUCGGCAAUGGCACCAAGAACCUGACUGAGCUCCUCGAGGACUACCACAAGAGCUGCCCCGAUGGCAAGGUUGCCAUUCUUGGUUACUCCCAGGGUGCCCAGGUCUCCUUGGAUACUCUCUGCGGAACCGACGAGGCGGGAUUCACGACCACCGAUGCUAUUUCUUCCAGUGCCGUUGAUAAUGUUGUCGCUGUUGCUCUGUUUGGUGACCCUACCCACAUUGCCAAUGUCUCUUAUGAUAGGGGCACUAGCAAAAAGAACGGGCUAUUUCCCCGCAAUAACAGCGCCAGUUGCGAGAAAUAUGCCAGCAAAAUCGCAUCUUGGUGCGACACCGGCGAUGUGUACUGCGACUUAGGAGAAGACACGGCUGUCCAUGGCCAGUACUUUAGCAAUUACGGCCCCGAAAUCGUCCAGUUCAUCGUCGACAAGUACAAUGGCAAGAGCGGCGGCAACUCGACCAGCGUCCCUACCGGUACUUCUACUCCCACUGGCAUUUCUGCUCCUACUGGCGGCAAUUCGACUGCGACGACUGCUAGGCCCACGGGCUCUUCCACCUCCUCCGGUGGUGCUGCUCCCUCAACGACUCCCUCUCCUGGAGCCGCUGCUGGCUUGGAGGUGGCUAGCAAGGGUCUCUAUGUUGCCUUGCCAUUGGCCCUCAUGGCCAUGUUUCAAAUGCUAUAG